CUCUAUGGUACAACUUACUCUUCGUAUACCAUAGAGCUAGCUCCAUGCUUCGUACUAUACGAGGCAUUUACCACCGAGUUGAAAGAGUGUGGACUCUCGUCUAGACUCCGAAUUACCAGUCUCUCAACCGUCUAGACUGGAUUGCGCAAUAUUUGUUUACACUGUUUCUGUCACGUGUAUGUGGUUCGAUCAUGUCCGCUGCUACUACUCUUCGAGCUGUGAGUUUGAAUAUCACUAAAGAUGGCAUCGCCGUCAUCAGAAUGAUCAGAGGAGAUAAUAAAUGGAAUCAACCAUUUAUAAAUGAUAUGAGGGAAGCACUUAUUGAGGUAGAAAGAAAUAAAGAUGUAAGAUGUUUGAUCUUCACUGGCCAAGGAAAGUUCUUCAGCUAUGGACUGGAUCUACAUUGGAUUGCCCUACAAACGAAGAAUGUAACUAGAAAGUUUUUGAUUGAAAAUGAUGACCUCCUCCAGAGAAUUACAUUAUUUCCGUUGCCAACCAUUGCAGCUAUAAAUGGUCAUGCUUUUGGCAUGGGUGCCAUCUUUGCCAUGGCUUGUGAUUAUAGGGUGAUGAAAAAAGGGCGUGGCUGGUUCUGCCUUCCAGAAACCAAACUCAAGAUCAAGUUUUCUCCUAUCAAAUCUUCUCCAGUCGGUCUAAAGUUGCACAGAUCACAAACACUCCGAGAUGCAGCUAUAUUUUCCAAACGCUUUACUGCAGAAGAAGCACGGAGGGCAGAUAUAAUUGAUGAAGCAGUAGAUGAAAAUGAACUCAUGGCUGCUGCUAUCCGCUAUGGCAAUGAGAUUGCAGGUGAAGUGCUCGACAGAGGGUGUGUAUACGCUGCAAAAGACAAGCUGUAUGGCGCCCCCAUCAGGGCUAAAAGAGAUGAAGAGAUUCAAAGAAUGACAGAGAAAGAUGAGGAUGACUGGCUCGAAGGAUAUAUUCGGGAAGCCCGAUUGCUUGCAUCCAAAAUGUAAAUCCAAUCAAAGUAGUUGCCUGUGCCUGAUUAUCAUAUUAUCAAAUAGAGUGUCCAUGGAAUGGAAAUAAUUGCUUGAUCUUGCCUGAAUUGAAUUUACUACUGGGUUCUCAGCCCAUUCUUUUUAUCCAUUUAAGGGAAUAAUCAGGGAAUUUUAUAAUACCUCAAAUCAGGAAAAAGUCACAGAGUUUUGAUUGGCCAAAAAUCCAAAGAAUCAGAUAUUUUAAAAUAACAUCCAUUUGAUGACUGGCUAUGGUAAUUCUUUUGGGGGGAGGCUGUGUAAUGAUACUAAUUAGUUUAACUUCAUUGCGUUUGAUAUGGCAAACAAUUCACUGCAACAAAUAUAAAACAUGUGAAAGUGGAAAUGACUUGAAAUAAUUAUCAUGGAAUUUUGAAGGGAAAAGUCAGGAAUUUGGUUUUCUUGAAAUGCUUGCAGUUCUGCAAUCACAGAUUGAUGAGACAGUUCAAUCUUCAAGCAAAUUUGAUUUAUCAAAAAAAAAAAAUCUAGUUGAAUAACUGACUGCUGGGCUUAUGAAUGAAGCUCUGACAUUUCUUGUCUUCCAUAAAAGAUUGCAAUCAGUGACGGAUCUUGGAUUUUGAAAUAGAGGGGGCACAAAUGACAACUUUGUAAUGACUAUGUAUGUGUUUUUUUUUUGGGGGGGCACUCCUUGAAAUAUAAUGGCAGCUUAUGCUCCCUCCUUGAUCUUUCACUUAUUGUAAUUAUAAUUGAAUUAGCAGCUGAAUCAGUGCUUUUGAUUUUGAAUCCUGGACAAGUCAUGAGAGUUGAACCUUCUAUCUUCAGGUUUUCUUACGUGAAGUUUACUUUAUUGUGCAAUGUUUGAUGAUUGUUGUUUUGUAUCAUGUGUGAAGAAAGGACUAUGAAAAGAAAUUUGUGUUAU